AUGGCAACUGAUUAUCCUAAUACUCCAUCGGCAACAAAUAUUGCUGAUGGACAUGUGCCGAUGUGGAUGCUGUUUGUCGAUGUUGUAACUGCGUCUAUUGGAACUGCUCUGUUGCUGAAUCAUUAUUCUUAUACUGAAUCAGUUGUAAGCAAACCUGCUGGACUAAUGUCGAUGAUUGCUGAAUCUGUGAAGACUCUAUUGGCGGCUGAUGGGACUACGUCGAUUCCAACUGCACAAAUUGUGUUGUCCACUGAUCGGCUUGCUGAAACUCUACUGGUCGUGAACAGGAUUGCUGAAUAUGCAUCGGUGAUAGCUGACUCUGUUGUGAUUCCAACAACAGCUGUUGAAAGGUCACCGUCCGCAGCUGAAACUGUUGGGGCUCAUGAUCAAAAGCAGUAG